AUGGAGAAUUUAAUUAUUGAUAAAUUCAGAGCUAAGGCAUGUGUAAUACUGGAUUAUGUUCUUUGUCUAACUGCCAGGCCACCUGAACAAAUCAACUGCUCACAAGGUCCCCAAAUAAACACGUCUUCUGGUACGGUUAAUCUGCUGGAUUCAAAAACAAUUCAAGGGGAGCUGGGCUGGAUCUCCUACCCAUCACAUGGGUGGGAAGAGAUUAGCGGUGUUGAUGAGCAUUAUACUCCAAUCAGAACUUACCAAGUGUGCAAUGUUAUGGAUCAUAGUCAAAACAAUUGGCUGCGAACAAACUGGAUUCCACGCAAUUCAGCUCAGAAGAUAUAUGUGGAGCUCAAGUUUACCUUGAGGGACUGUAAUAGUAUCCCUCUAGUUCUGGGCACUUGCAAAGAGACCUUCAAUCUGUAUUAUAUGGAGUCUGAUGAUGACCACUUGGUAAAGUUCAGAGAGCAUCAGUUUACAAAGAUUGACACCAUUGCGGCUGAUGAGAGCUUCACCCAAAUGGAUCUUGGGGACCGAAUUCUCAAGCUGAAUACGGAAGUUGCCUUAGUCUCGGUGCGAGUGUACUUCAAAAAGUGCCCUUUCACUGUCAAGAACCUCGCCAUGUUUCCAGAUACGGUACCCAUGGACUCCCAGUCACUGGUGGAGGUGCGGGGUUCUUGUGUCAAUCAUUCCAAGGAGGAAGAGCCACCCAAGAUGUAUUGCAGUACAGAAGGAGAAUGGCUAGUGCCCAUAGGGAAGUGCUUGUGUAAUGCUGGCUAUGAAGAAAGAGGCUUUGCGUGCCAAGCUUGUCGACCUGGGUUCUACAAAGCCUCUGCCGGCAACGUGAAGUGUGCCAAAUGCCCACCUCACAGCUCUACCUAUGAAGAUGCGUCUCUGAACUGCAGGUGUGAAAAGAAUUACUUUCGCUCUGAGAAAGACCCUCCAUCCAUGGCUUGUACCAGACCACCUUCUGCUCCAAGAAAUGUUAUCUCUAACAUUAACGAGACAUCUGUUAUCCUGGACUGGAGCUGGCCUCUUGACACUGGAGGCCGGAAAGAUGUCACUUUCAACAUCAUUUGCAAGAAAUGUGGAGGAAACAUCAAGAUGUGUGAGCCGUGUAGCGACAACGUGCGAUUCUUACCCCGUCAGACUGGACUCACCAACACCACAGUGACAGUAGUGGACCUUUUGGCGCAUACCAAUUACACUUUUGAGAUUGAUGCAGUCAAUGGGGUAUCUGACUUGAGUACACUUUCCAGACAAUUUGCUGCUGUCAGCAUCACAACAAAUCAGGCUGCCCCAUCCCCCAUCACAGUCAUAAGGAAAGACAGGACAUCCAGGAACAGCGUGUCUCUCUCUUGGCAAGAACCUGAACAUCCGAAUGGGAUCAUCUUGGACUACGAGGUCAAAUACUAUGAAAAGGAACAAGAGACAAGCUAUACUAUUCUGAGAGCCAAGGGCACCAAUGUUACCAUCAGUGGCCUCAAACCUGAUACCACCUACGUUUUCCAAAUUCGAGCCCGAACUGCAGCUGGAUAUGGGACAAACAGCCGCAAGUUUGAAUUUGAAACCAGUCCGGAUUCAUUCUCCAUUUCCAGUGAGAAUAGCCAGGUCGUAAUGAUUGCCAUUUCAGCGGCGGUAGCCAUUAUUCUCCUCACAGUUGUGGUGUACGUCCUGAUUGGGAGAUUCUGUGGAUACAAGAAGUCUAAACAUGGCACUGAUGAGAAAAGACUACAUUUUGGGAAUGGCCAUUUAAAACUCCCAGGCCUGAGAACUUACGUAGAUCCACAUACGUAUGAGGAUCCCAACCAAGCUGUGCAUGAAUUUGCCAAGGAACUAGAUGCUUCUAAUAUAUCCAUUGAUAAAGUAGUUGGAGCAGGGGAAUUUGGAGAAGUGUGCAGUGGGCGCCUAAAGCUGCCUUCUAAAAAGGAAAUUUCAGUGGCUAUCAAAACCCUGAAAGUUGGCUACACAGAAAAACAGAGAAGGGACUUCCUGGGAGAAGCAAGCAUCAUGGGACAGUUUGACCACCCUAAUAUCAUUCGAUUAGAGGGAGUCGUCACUAAAAGUAAACCAGUUAUGAUUGUUACUGAAUACAUGGAAAAUGGUUCCUUGGACAGCUUCCUACGGAAACAUGAUGCCCAGUUCACAGUCAUCCAGCUAGUAGGCAUGCUUCGAGGGAUUGCAUCUGGCAUGAAAUAUUUGUCAGAUAUGGGUUAUGUCCAUCGAGAUCUAGCUGCUCGUAAUAUCCUCAUCAAUAGUAACUUGGUAUGCAAAGUCUCAGAUUUUGGUCUCUCUCGUGUACUGGAAGAUGACCCAGAAGCUGCUUACACCACAAGGGGGGGCAAGAUUCCUAUCCGAUGGACAUCACCAGAAGCCAUUGCAUAUCGGAAGUUCACAUCAGCCAGUGAUGCAUGGAGCUAUGGGAUUGUUCUCUGGGAGGUGAUGUCUUAUGGAGAAAGACCAUACUGGGAGAUGUCCAACCAGGAUGUGAUUAAGGCUGUCGAUGAAGGGUACCGCUUACCACCUCCUAUGGACUGCCCAGCUGCCUUGUAUCAGCUGAUGCUGGACUGUUGGCAGAAAGACAGAAACAACAGACCCAAGUUUGAGCAGAUUGUCAGCAUCCUGGAUAAGCUGAUCCGUAAUCCCAGCAGUCUGAAAAUAAUCACCAAUGCAGCGGCAAGGCCAUCAAAUCUUCUCCUGGACCAAAGUAACGUUGACAUUUCAGCCUUCCGUACGGCAGGUGAUUGGCUCAAUGGUUUUCGAACAGGACAGUGCAAAGACAUUUUCACGGGCGUGGAGUACAGUUCCUGUGAUACAAUAGCCAAGAUUUCUACAGAUGACACGAAGAAAGUCGGCGUUACAGUUGUGGGACCUCAAAAGAAGAUUGUUAGCAGUAUCAAAGCUCUAGAAACUCAUACAAAGAACAGCCCUGUUCCUGUGUAAGGUACCAAAAUGAUGUUGAGCAGGAGAGGAAAAAAGGAGAAAAAUUGCAUCACAGGGCAAAAGCGAUGGCUGAUAAACAGCAGAAUUUAAAGAAGUUCUUUGCAAGAGCUUUGGAAACAUAAUGGUUGAAAUUUCAAACCCACUAAGACACUCAAAUAUUGAGUAUAAAUGCCUUAAAAAUAGGAGUGAACUUGUUUUCUAUCUGAUAAUCCUAAAAGGUGGGUGCUCUUGACUGACUGUUAAUACAGAUAGUAAAUUUCAAAA